AUGAGCGCGCGCUCCUCGCUACAGCGAUCUGAAUCGAACGGCAAUGCGCCGGCGCCUCCUAAGCAUGCCACAGUAGCUCCUAAUAGCAGACUCUCCGCAGCAUCGGCGCAGCUGUCGACCUCAUCUCGACCGAGUGUUGGCGGGGGAUCGCCCGCGCUGUCCCAGAGAGAGCACAGCUACCUCGAAACGACAGCUCUGGACCCGACGCUGAAUGUAGACGACACCAUCUCAGAGGACGCAGUUCGAGAGCAUUUCAAGGAAAACGAGUCGAGCUUUCUACCAUCUCUGUCACCGAUCCCCACGGGCUCUGCCAACCCUGAGGAGGGCCUUGAUGAUACUUUUGUCUUCGAUUCGCCCUCGAAGCCGCCCUCUCGGCCUUCCAAGAGCCCAAUGUUGCCCGGGGCCCAAUCCAAGCCGCCGUCCCGAGCCAGCAACACCACAUCGAACCUAGAAGGUUUCGAAUACUCGCCCGCGACAGCUGCUGCCGCCAGGACCAUCUCGCGCGCUGCGACUUCGAACCACAGCAACCAAGAUACGCCUAGGGUUGGGACACAGGAAGAACGCAGUAAGGAUACACGAGAUGACUCGCAGUCUCAGCCCCUUUCAGAGCGCGCUGAUGCUGGUGGCAAUCCUGGACUGGCCCUGCGCAACAGGCGUCCCAAAUAUGUGCGCACCAACCGCUUCAGCAGCCAGCGAUCUUCAACUUCAUCCUUCGCCACCAAUCCUGAGCUGCAAGAGGAGACUACCGAUAUCACAGGAAAUGUAGGGCUGGGGCUGGACUUUGCGUUGCACUCCGGUGGAGCGGUGCCGAAUAUGGGUAUGCCUCGGGCACCAUCCAAUCUGCUCUUGCGAUCAAUAAGUAUGGGCAGCAUGGCUUCUGGCAUGGGUACUGACGAGUUUGGAGAUAACACACGCCAGCUGGAACCGCUGGUUGAGGCGAACACCCCCCCACGAGGUAGAGACAGCUACAAGAUGGUGACACCGAAAACCAAAGACAGCAUCAGCACAGCCCCUACAGAUACAGUCAUAGCCCAGCAUGUCAAGAACGUCCACGUCCCUGAUUCAGUUGCGAAAGAGUUCAAAUUCGAAAAUGGCCUACAAACGCCACGAUUGUCCGUAUCCGCGGCCACUGCUACCAACAGCUCAAAGGCUACGGGCAAGGGUGGGAACAAGAACUGGACUCUAAAGGAACAGAGCAGCACGAUUGAAAGGCUAUCCAAAGAAAAUUUCGACCUGAAGCUCAAGGUCAUGUUCUUGAGUAAACGGCUGGACACUUUGUCUGAAGAAGGUCUGAAAGAGAUGAUUUCUGAAAACGUUGAACUGAGGACAAAUCUCGCCAUUACGACGCGUGAUAACAAAAUCUUGCGGAAAAGAGUCAAAGAGCUGGAAAAGAAAGAGAAAGAAGACGAAGAAAGGCCGAGCACGGCGCGCAGCGCUGCAUCGUCAACGGACCAGACCGCCAGGAUGUACAAUGAAGAAGCUCAGGAGCGAGAAGAUGAGCUCAUGUUCUUGCGAGAGCGCGUCGAAACUUAUGCCACGGAAAUCGAGAGACUCCGAGGCGAGACUAUGGAGAGAGAGUCGGAGAAGAAGCAGCUAUCGGAUGUUCUCAAGACGCUCAGUGAGCGUUCUGGAGACACCUAUGGUCGGCAAGAGGAGGCAGACGUUUGGAAAGACUUAUUGGAGCAAGAGACGGCGCGCAGGGAGCAGUCCGACGAGGACAAUAGAAAGCUGCGAGACGAAGUUUUCCGGCUCAAGAAGGAGAUGUCUGGCGCUGGCUCAGGGUUGAUGCAUCACACAACCAACAUCUACAACAUCAACAAGAAGCCACGGGAUCGGAAUGCUUCGCCGGGCAGGCCCAUGUCUAGCGUAUCUGGCGAGGCAGAUGGUUCGCAUGCCAACUUUAGUGCGGCCAGCACUUUGGUGGAAGAACUACGCCGUGAGAGUGAAUCGCUGCGCCAUGAGAAUGCCGAGCUCCGCCGCGAAGUGGGAGCUCAGACUUCAAUGUUGACAUCUAGAAACCGCGAAAAGGAGCGCCUAUACCAGGAGAUUGAAGAUCUCAAGAUGGCUCAGCGUCGUGGCGGUCCAGCUCCCUCUACCAUCGACAGUCUCUUGGAGCGAUCAGCUUCACGUGCUGGCGGUCACGAAAGACCGAGCUCAAGAAGUAGCCACAGGACUAGGCAGCUGUCAGCAGAGGAUGAAACAGAACGCGAAGAGCUGGAAAACAAAUUGGCUGAGCUGCGAGAUAAGCUCAACGAGGUGAAGUUGCAGAAUCAGGAUCUGCAGCGAGAACUGGAGAGCUGCAUGGCUGAUUUUGAGUUGGCCAUUGGUCAGAAGCGUGAGGCCGAGGAGGCUCUUAUGAGCAUGCAGGAAGAGCUCGAUAACGCUACAAACGAUCUCAUUGCUCUGCAGUCGGAGCGCGACGAAGCAUUAAGGGAGCAUAGUGAAUUGGAGGCCAACUUUGAGGACCUUCGCAACGAAGCUCAGAUGGAGAUUGACACUCUGGAAGCAGAGGUUCAGCGGAUGCAGGCCGAUUUGAACGACAGAUCUGAAAACUUUGAAAGUCUGCAGAAGGAGAUGCGACAGAUGAGUGAGGCGCUGCUCGGCCUGGAAGACGAACAAGAACACAAGCUCCGACACAUCCAACAGCUUGAGGACGAUCAGGCUAAUCAAACACACCGCAUUCAGCACUUGGAGAAGGAGCAAGAGUCUUCCAACAAGGAGCUGGAGGACUUGGAGCAGAAGCUUCUCGAGGCUAAUGAAAAGAACCAGCGCCUUUCCGUCCAGCAGGAGUCAUCACAAGGCGAAAUCUCGUUCCUUCGGGAAGAGCAGGAGGCUGACAAAAUCCGCAUUGGCGAUUUAGAGGCGGCAAUGUCCAAUGUGGAGCGAAACUUGGAGGACGAAAAGGAACGGGUCAAGGAGCUGGAGAAUCGCAUGCAAGAGGAACGUUUGCAAUGGGAGGACGUUACCACUAAGAAGGAGGCAGAUGUCCAACAAAUAUUUUCCAACCUUCAGCGUGAGAAUGCCGGCGCCAAGGAUGAAGUCAGGCGACUGCGCAAGAGCUUGUCGUCUCGCGAGGUCGAGGCAACAGAGUGGAAGGAGAGGUUGUUGGAACUGGAGAAUAACCUGAGGGAAGCAUUGGGUGACCUGAAUGGCACCCGUUCUUCGCUGCUAAAGUCUAUUGCUCGGAUGCAGCGUGAGCUUGAAAACACUGUUCGUGAGCUUGACACCUCCAAGGCAGCGUUGGUUGAGAAAGAUCGUAUCAUCAAGCAGCGUGAUUCGCUUAUGGAGUCACACGCCUUGGAAACGCGGAAAAUCACCGAAUUGCUUGAAAAGGAGCGCGUCGCUCACCGCAACACCAAAUCCCAAUAUGAGUCGUUCCAAAAGACUCACCAGCAUCUCACCCGGACAGCUAGCACACAAGACGUCCGUAUCAACGAGCUGGAAGCUACGAGGGGCCAGGAUCGCCGGAAGCUUGCCAUGCUAGAACAAACAGCCCGCGAGCAGCUACUAGAGAGGAACGAACUACUGCUUCUCUUGUGGCACAAACUGAGCAACCUCUGUGGUCGGGAGUGGGCGAAUAACAACACGCUUGUGGACCGACAGGUAGUCCCUACUCUCGAAGUUAUUGCCAGUCGUUUGCCUGGAUUUUCCAAGAACCUCCUUGCUGCUGUCAAGACGAUCGAGGGCAUGUUUGCGGCCCUGCAAACAAAGAUCAAGGCAGUAGAAAAAGAUCUUUAUCGGGAGUACCAGACUCUAGAGAACAACCUGGAUGUGCGGAUCAAGAAGCUUGAUAGGCUGGAGACUAUGGUUCGCAACUCGGUUGCCACCGGCUCGCUAAGUUCUCACGAAGCAGCGAAUCGGAUGGUACGCCUUGAAGAAGCAUAUCGUCAGCUCAAGGUCGAGAAUGCCACGCUGAGAACUGCAAACGAUGUUCGUGCUCGCGCCGCCCAUCAAGCGCCCGGAUCUGAUGUCGGCGCCGGCUCACCGUCACCGAUACCUCCUCGCGGCGGUGGGGAUCGUUCCCAUAGCUCUGCUUCAAAGGGCAGGGCAUCGUCGACGGCGCGUGCGCCGUCUUCUUCUGGAAUCCCCGUAUCGUCUUCUAGAACUGGACUGGGUCUCUUGGAUGCCUCAGUCCCUGACGGAUCAGCAACCAACAACGAUAACCGCUGGCUGCUGAGACUCCGGGAUAUGGAGUAUAAGCUAAAGAUGGAGAGAGAAGGGCGCAACCAGGACAGACAGGCCGCGCGUCAACGGCUCGGUGGCCUGGAAAAUGAAAACAGGGAUCUCAGAGACAAAGUGAGGCGCUCUAACCAAGACACCGAAUAA